AUGGAGAGGUCGAUGUUCAGCGGCGAUUGUUUUGUCGAGACUCAUCCGUUCGAACUCGGAGUAGAUCUAAUAGUUUAUUUGCGAGUUUCCCCAGAAACCUCUUUUGUUCGGAUCCAUUCUCGUGCACGCAAGGAAGAAUCAGAGAUUCCUCUGCAACUGCUUAGAACUAUUCAUGAAGUUCACGAAGAUUGGUUAGUUAGAGGCAUUUUUUCUUCCCCACCUGCCCCCGUGAUAGUUAUCGAUGCAGAGAAUAUGGCUGAACAGAUCUAUUUAGACUUUGCAGAAAGACUACUCUUCAUCUCUACUAGUUAA